UUGACAUUGAUGAUGCACUUGAAAACGUAUAUGAAGAGCCGAAGCUUACAUUAAAGGAAAACGUAGAAAAUGAAAAGCGUAUAGAAUUAAAUAAUAUUUUUCGAAGCAAAGAGGGCACGAUGGCUAAAACGAUUUUUGUUGAAGGAGAGCCUGGCUCUGGAAAGUCUUCGCUAUGCAAGAAGAUCGUUCAUGAUUGGUGUGAAACAAAACAGCGACUUGAGGGGCAGUCAACGGGUGAAUGGUGUGAAAUGUUAAGUCAGUUUGAAUUCGUAUUUUACGUAAUUCUCCGAGAGGCAAAGAAUGAAUGCAACAUAACGAAUAUGAUAUUGAAAUAUAUUAUUGCCAGGAGCAGUUUAGAACUUGAAAGCGAAAGGAUAUUGCUUAAAGACAUUUUGGAAACCAACACCUGUCUUCUAUUGCUUGAUGGCCUAGAUGAAUGGCAGCAUCCUGAAAAGUGCACUCUGAGUGAGAAAACUCCCCAUGUUGAUACAAGUUGGAAGAAUUGUACCUUAUGCAUCACCACUAGGCCGUACAAACUGGCUGAGCUAAAAAUAGACUGCUCUAAGAUUGGGAAACACGUGAUAUUGAAGGGAGUUGUGAACCCAGACAAACUGGUUGAAAAACUAGUUUCUAGAUUAAAUACCAUUCACGGCACAACACAAUUAAAGGAUCAAUGCAUCACGGACAUCAAACAAAAGCGUAUGUGGCAUUUCAGUAAAUGUCCAAUCGUGUUAGCUCACAUCGUUUGGCUUUGGUACAAGGGAAAGCUUUCGGAAGAUAUGAAACGUUCUGAUCUUUACAGAAUCUUGCUGAAGGAACGAUGGUUUGAAUCAUGUGAGAAGAACAAAUCAUGUACUGAGUCCAAAUACAGCGACAUGAUAAAUUAUCUGAGCCAAAUAGCAUUUGAACAGUUAUUUGCUAAGGAUGAAGAUAGUACAAUUGUGUUUGAAAUAGAUCAGGAGGAGAAUACGAUCUUCAAAAAUCAAAGUGCUGCAUCGUUAGAUUCUGGCAUCAUAUCCUGCACCAAUGCUCUUGGUGAAUAUUCUCCGAAAUACCACUUUUUGCACAAAACGUUUCAAGAGUACCUAGCGGCGCUGUAUUUAUCAAAAGACAUUUCAACGUCGAUCUUGAUUAUAAAAAAAACAUACCAAAUUCACAGAAGUGAAAGCGGAACUAGCUUGUCCGAGGUUUUAAUUUUCCUUUGUGGUUUGAAUUGCGAAGCUGCAGAAGAACUUUCGAGAAUAAUGAAUGAGCUGUUCACUGAAUUUUGCGAAAGAGAUCGUUAUUAUACAUACUACAUAGAAGAGUUUCAGAAAAAGAUCAUACAAGGUCAAAUAGAGCUAGACAGGGGAGAAAGCUCCGGGGUGAAAUUAAGCCUACAGCACAUACAUCUUGGAACAGAUAACGAGCUUGACAGAGACGAACACACCGUCUUAAAGGAAUAUAUAAAGACAAACCCAUCAUGCAUAGUAUCAUUGUAUAUAUCUUUUCAAUCAUAUCUUGUAUUAUUCUUAGCGAAAAGUAAUGACAACCAAGUUCUUAAUUUAGAGAACUGGAGGGGUCUGAAGUACUUGCGAUUUGACUAUGAAGAGUUCAAAGAUGUCGCUGGUUUGAACGUGAGUAAUUUAGUAAAAUGCAGUAUUAAAUUCUAUUCUAAGCAGCAAGCUCCGAACCUCACAUCUUCAUUCUACAACUCUGAUAUGAAAACAAUGCAAACACUUGAAGUGUCAAAUUGUACAGACUUGAACUGGCUACAUAAAGGUCUAGAACCAAACAGAAUCCUUAAAGUAUUGAAGGGAAAGGUUUUGAGACGGCUACAUCGACAGGAGACUCUUAAUUUACGACGUAUUGAAAACCUUGAACACCUUACCGAACUUGGAUUGGAAGGACUGUCGUACUCAGACGUGGUGAAUCUACCAGUGUCGAGACUAUACACACUUAGAGUUAGAUUCAUUAAGCUACAGCGAGCACCAAAGCUGAUGUCAUCGUUAUUAUCACAGGGAUUAUGCAAGAAUGAGCGGGAAGGACUUUUCUCUCAUCUGAAGGACGUAAGUUUGGACAAUAUUCGCAUGUCAGAGGAACAGUUCAGACGACUAUCUCAGUCUUUCAUAAAAGCGGGAGGUACGUCAUUGGUGUUGUUUGGGUGUUCUAUAGAACCGGAAGAUGAUGUACCGCAGCUUCAGAAUGAAUGCGAGCAGCAGAUAGUAUCAUCUGAGUGUACAACACGCAUUACUCUUGGGUUUGUUACCAUCACAGUAGAGGGGUUUAUUCGACUUAUUGACUACGUGACCAGAUGCGGUCAAUCCGUGACAUGUGGCUUGCGCUGCCUAACCCUGCAUUCAAACCCUGCUGCUGAACAACCAGUCUUACCGAUGUUGGGUCCACAGCCCAUCUCAGCUGAUUAUACCACGGAGUUGGAACUAACUGGUAUUAAGAUGUCAACAGAACAAAUUUGUCAAGUCGUCGGUAGGAUUAAUCAACUCAACCAUUCAGUAACAUUAACAUUGUUUUGUUGUACCGAAAUAUCAGACAAGUACAAUCCGUUGAAGAAUAAGAUGGUGCCUCCUCCAAACACGUCACUAAACUAUACCAAACAUAUUAAGAUCCAUGCCAUGAUGAUAUCGGAAACACUGUGUUUGUAUGUUGCUUCCAGUGCAAUUUAUUAUGGAUACACGUGUGAGAUAUCAGAAUGUGAUAUACUGACCAGUGAAGUGCCGCAUGCAGACAAUCUUUACUUUCCCCAGAUGGCUGCCAUCCACUCACCUGCUCAAACAGCAAAACUCAGAUUUCAUAAGGCAUCAAUACCACAACACGUAGUUGAGCGUCUCGCUCAUCAAGCGGCAGUAUCUGCACAUUUGGUUGAGUGUGUGUUAGACACGUGUAGUGUAAGGCCUCCCCCGGAUGUUUGGUCAUUGAAGGAAAAGAUGGAGGAAGACGCAACCAUUCAGAUCGAGGAAUUCGAACCAAACAUCGACGAGUUUCAACCUCGGCGACAAAAACGUUAUAAGCCUGGCCAAAUAUGGAACAUUCGUUUUAAAACAACCGCAAAGAAGUCUGCACUCGCAGAGUCCACUGCAGAAAAUGCCGAAGUCACGGAAUGUACACGCAUGUAGAACGGAGGUCGAAAUGUUUGACAACGUGAGAUCAUAAUGGAGAGUUCAUUCAUGCUAAGUGUUAUUAGAACGUUUUACACAAUUUGUGCCUGCAUUUUGGAGAUUUAGAGUUUAAUAAGGCAAAGUGUAACAAAAGAUUUGGCAUAAUUGUUGCCUGCAAUGGGGAUACUAGAGUACAUUCAUGCAAAGUGUAACAAAAGAUUUGGCAUAAUUGUUGCCUGCAAUGGGGAUACUAGAGUACAUUCAUGCAAAGUGUAACAAAAGAUUUGGCAUAAUUGUUGCCUGCAAUGGGGAUACUAGAGUACAUUCAUGCAAAGUGUAACAAAAGAUUUGGCAUAAUUGUUGCCUGCAAUGGGGAUACUAGAGUACAUUCAUGCAAAGUGUAGCAAAAGAUUUGGCAUAAUUGUUGUCUGCAAUGGGGAUACUAGAGUACAUUCAUGCAAAGUGUAACAAAAGAUUUGGCAGCAAUGGGGAUACUAGAGUACACUCAUGCAAAGUGCAAGAAAAACAAUGUACACAAUUUGUGAAACUGAAAAGUAUUUGGAAUUGCUUUUGUAGAUACUUUAAUUACAAAUUCAUUUUAGCAUAUAUUUCUGUAAAUACUCUCGUCAUUUGAUAGUUUUUUUCACAAGGUAUAGACUUGUCCCUUUAUUUGAAGCAUAUGUAUCGUUUUUUUAAAAGAACGUUUGAAACGCUUAGUUUCUUGUUGAUAGAAUGAUGCAAAUAUGUGUUAUAAAUUAUAACAACUCAGGCACAUACGGUGAAAACAACCAUAGUUAUUUUUUUUCCAUUUGCCCCUACUCCUUUAUUAAGAGUCACCUUCUGCAUUUUUCCCCCUUUAUCAAGAGUUAUAUUGUGUAUUUUGUUCCCCUUGAUCACCAGUUAUCCUUUCCAAUGACCCCUUUAUGAACUGUUAUCUUUACCAUUUGGCCCCUUUAUCAAAAGUUGUCUUUUUUAUUUGCCCCCCCCUUUAUUAAGAGUUAUCUUUUCAAUUUGGCCCUUUAUAUCAAGAGGUAUCUCUUAUAGUUGGCCCCCUUUUUCAAGAGUUAUCUUUUAUAUAAUACCGUUUUCAUCAAGAAGUAUCUUUUCAAUUUGGGCCCCCUUUACAAAGAGUUAUAUUUUCUAUUUUGACCCAUUAAUCAAUUAAUUUGUUUGGUAUCCUUUAUCAGGAAUGAUCUUGUCCAUUUGGCUCCCUUUUCCAAGACUUAUCUUUUCCAUUUUGCACCCCCCCCCCCCUCUUUAUCAAUAGUUGUCUUUUCCAUUUGGUCCUCUUCAUCAGAGUUAUCUUUUCUAGUUGGCCCCUUUUCAAAAUUAUCCGUUCAUUUAGCCUCCCCCUUCAUCAAGAGGCAUCUUUUUCCUAUGCCCCCCCACCCAUUUCAAGAGUGCAAUUGUCCAUUUGUCAAGAGUAAAACGUUCAGUGGAACAGCCAUACAUUUGACUUUGUUAUUUUAUAAAUGAAUCGCUCUGAUGUAACAAAGAAGUCAUUUGCCAUAUUUGUUUCUGAUAUUGAUAUGUUUAUUUAAGUAAUUGACUGUAAGAUGUAUGUGUAUAAUUGAUUUGGUAUUAACCAUAAUGCUUGUAAAAGUAUGUUUGUUGAUUUGAAGGUACGAUGUUAAAUACAUAUAUUUAGUUAUUGAUAUGAUUUUAACGUGUUUAUUGUGAAUUGGUUGACCCUCUGCAUGAACAACAGAAUAACCAAUUAACAAUGUAUGGGUUUUUGGAUAUCCACGUUGGUAUACACCAUUGGUUUCAAUAACAUCCCGAGGCUGACAUGGGCCAUUUAUAAUAAUACAAAGCUUUCAGAAAGAGAUAUGAGUAAUCAAACGAUUGAAAUACCUCUCUUUCCUAACUUCAUUCGGAUAGCAUAAAAUAAAAUAGUGUGCUUUAAGAUUACUUAUACAGUAUGUAACAUUGGAGGAAAAGAAAAGCAAAAGCGUGUACAUGUAUAACAUACUGUCUGUUAAAUACCCUUUGCCAUGAUUCAUUUUUUCUCUUUUAUUUAUGCAUUCAUGAACAUUGUUUCAAUAUCCUUUAUCAAUCAGAAUAUAUGUAUACAGAAAUAAUUGUGUCAAUAUGUUCCUAUUUAUAAGUUCUGAACAUAAUAAAUGAUAGUUUCAUGUUUGCUUUGUACUUUUUGUAAAUAUGUUUUUUGAAUGAACAUACGAUAUUUUGAAUUGAAAAACACGAAUAAAUGAAAACUAGUUCGUACUUCUGUACACCUUUGUGUUAAAUCUAUUACUUACAAGAAUUUUAACCAUAUAUUUUUAAUUUCUAUCAAUUGUAGUAUUCCUUUGUAAGUAAAUAAUAGUAAUAAGAACCGGUACGUGAAAUGAAAGAUCAUUGUAUGAUUAUUUUUUUAGCUUUGAAUAACCUGUGAAAAUCUUGUUUGUGUACAUAAAUGAAUUCAUUACGAAAAACUUUAUGCAAAACUGAAAGAAAUCAAUAUAUACAUGUUUCAUUGAAAUUUACUUAUUAAGUAUAUCUCUGUAUAUACAUUAACCUAUGUUAUUCAUUGCAGUUGUAGUAUGCCCAUGUAAAUAUUGUUCAUUUAUUCACAUGAUUAGACGUUACAUGUACGAACUGAUCAUUGUAUGAUGUUUUGUAUUUUGCUUUGGAUAACUUGUGUAUAUAGUUAUUGGAUGAGUUAUUGUUUUCUUUAAGGGAAAGUCGCAUUGUUGCAUUGAUGAAGAAUUGAAUUUAUAACAAAAAACUCAAAGGAAUCAAUAUGUGAAAGUUUCCUAAAAUUUCCUUUUAUGGAAAUUUCUGCAUAUUAUUUUAAACCUUUGUUAUUCAUAUCAGUUGUAGUAUGCCCAUGUUUAUAGUACAUUGUUUGUUUAUUCUGAUUAGACGGUACUUGUACGUACUGAUCAUUGUAUGAUAUUUUGUAUUUUGCUUUGUACAAGUUUUGAACAUAGUUAUUGGAUGAGUUAUUGUUUUGUUAAAAGGAAAGACGCAUUAACAAAUGAAGUUGACGGUAAAAGAACGUGCUUUAAAUAUUUUUGCUUUUCCAUUGUAAUGAGUAUAGUGUUGAUGUAUUGAAAGAAGGUUAAUGGUGUCUGUAAUUCAUUUACAUUUCGUAAGUUGAUUACUAUUGUUCAAUUACUGAACGCAGUCGACGUUACAUCAAUGUAUACUGAUUGACACAAUAUGGUGACUGACAUGUAUUUGCUUUCCCAAAUUAUAAUUAUUGUAUUUUUCAAUUACUGAGCUAAUUGGACGGAACAUGGACGUAAGGUAAUGGUGUAUGCAAUUCAUUUACCUUUUACAUGUUCAUUUCUAUUUUGUUCAACUUGUUGAACUUAGUAGAUAUAACAUUACCGUCCAUUUAUGGUGUCUGCAUUUCAUUUACUUUUCAAUGGUUAAUUACUAUAGUGUUAAGUUUAUAAGCUUAGCAGAUGGAACAAUAACGUAUGUUAAUGGUGUCUGCAAUUUAUUAACUAUUCGCAUAAUAAUUACGAUAUUGUUCAAUUAUUGAAAUAAGAAGACGUAAUAUUAACGUAGACUUAUGGUGUCUGCAAUUUAUUAACUUUUAUAAGUUAAUUACUCUAUUGUUCAAUUACUGAACGUAGUAGAUGGAACAUUAACGUAAGUUAAUGGUGUCUGCAAUUUAUUAACUAUUCGCAUAUCAAUUACGAUAUUGUUCACUUAUUGAAAUAAGUAGACGUAAUAUUAACGUAGGCUUAUGGUGUCUGCAAUUUAUUAACUUUUUAUAAGUAAACAACGAUAUUGUUUACUUAUUUAACUACGAAGACGUAUUAUUAACGUAAGGCUAUUGUAUCUGCAAUUUAUUUACUUUUCAUAAUUAUUGCGUUUCGACUUGAGGGUGUUUUAAAAAAAGGCAAAGGUUUUUUAUUUCGAAAUAUGACCAAAUUUUAACUGUCUAGGUCGCAAUCGUUUUCAAGUUUCAGAAUGAUGUAAGUGCUUUUUUAUUUAGUCUUAUACAGUUUAUAAAAGAAAGAUAUAACUUUAUUGGAUAAAGUCAAAUAUUCCCAAUAGUGAAUUAAAUAUCCAUGCUUUGGAAGCUUUCAAUCACCCUUUUUGUUUAUAGAAAUGUUGUAAAAUAUAAGUGCUGCACGCAUGCUGUGUUAAUGACCUCUGAUAUAGACACAAUUCAUGGAUGAAGAAUUUGAAGUCGUUGUAUGGACGAUGUGUAAUUAUUCCGUUUUGUAUUGAGUGGAAUAGUGAGUUUUAAAUCUGUGUAUUGAUAGUGUGUAUUUACUAUUAGUGUGAUGGUGUGUAUAAACUCUGGGUUUGGGUGGCGUGUAAUAUCUUUAUGUGUGUAUGGUGUGAAUUUGUUCUAUGUAUGAAUGGUGUGUAAUAACUCUUUGUAUUGAUAUUAUAUAAUAACUCUAUGCAUGAAUGGCUUGUAAAAAUAUAUUUUUUGUAAUAACUGUAUGUAUGGAUGGUUUAUAAUAUCUCUAUUAAAAUCGUGAUUGGUAACUCUAUAUUUGCAUGGUGUGUAAAACUAUAUGUGUGGAUGGUGAGUUCUAACUCUAUAUAAGGGAUUAUGUUUUAUCACUCUAUGUAUUGAACGUGUGUAAUAACUUGCAUGGAAUCAUUGUAAUAAUCAUAUUUUAUGGUGUGUAAUAACGCUUUUAAAUGGAUGAUGUGUAAUAAUGUUAUGCGUGGGUGCUGGGUAAUAGCUCUAUGUGUGUAUGGUGUGUAAUAUAACUAUAUGUAUGUAUAUUACAUUCUUACUAUAUGUUUGGAAUAUGUGUAAUAACUAUAUGUAUGGAUAGUUAACAUUACCUUUAUGUUUAUAUUGUGUGUAAGAACAAUUUAUAUGGAUGAUGCAUUCGAACUAAAAGUAUGGAUUGUUUGUAAUAAGUAUAUGUAUGGACCAUGUGUAGUAACUAUGUAUGGAUUGUUUGUAAUAAGUAUAUGUAUGGACGAUGUGUAGUAAAUGUAUGUAUGGAUAGUUAACAUUAACUCAAUGUUUGUAUGGUGUGUAAGAGCUAUGUGUAUGGAUGAUGCAUUCGAACUUUAUGUAUGGAUUGUUUGUAAUAAUCAUAUGUACGGACGAUGUGUAGUAACUAUGUAUGGAGUGUGUGAAAUAAGUAUAUGUAUGGACGAUGUGUAGUAACUAUGUAUGGAUUGUGUGUAAUAAGUAUAUGUACAGACGAUGUGUAGUAACUAUUAAUGGAGUGGGUGUAAUAAGUAUAUGUAUGGACGAUGUGUAGUAACUAUGUAUGGAGUGUGUGUAAUAAGUAUAUGUACGGACGAUGUGAGGUAACUAUGUAUGGAGUGGGUGUAAUAAGUAUAUGUAAGGACGAUGUGUAGUAACUAUGUAUGGAGUGUGUGUAAUAAGUAUAUAUACGAACGAUCUGUAGUAACUAUGUAUGGAGUGUGUGUAAUAAGUAUAUGUACGGACGAUGUGAGGUAACUAUGUAUGGAGUGGGUGUAAUAAGUAUAUGUAAGGACGAUGUGUAGUAACUAUGUAUGGAGUGUGUGUAAUAAGUAUAUGUAAGGACGAUGUGUAGUAACUAUGUAUGGAGUGUGUGUAAUAAGUAUAUGUAAGGACGAUCUGUAGUAACUAUGUAUGGAGUGUGUGUAAUAAGUAUAUGUACGGACGAUGUGUAGCAACUAUGUAUGGAGUGUGUGUAAUAAGUAUAUGUAAGGACGAUCUGUAGUGACUAUGUAUGGAGUGUGUGUAAUAAGUAUAUGUAUGGACGAUGUGUAGUAACUAUGUAUGGAGUGUGUGUAAUAAGUAUAUGUACGGACGAUCUGUAGUAACUAUGUAUGGAGUGUGUGUAAUAAGUAUAUGUAAGGACGAUGUGUAGUAACUAUGUAUGGAGUGUUUGUAAUAAGUAUGUGUACGGACGAUGUGAAGUAACUAUGUAUGGAGUGUGUGUAAUAAGUAUAUGUAAGGACGAUGUGUAGUAACUGUUCAUGGAGUGUGUGUACUAAUAUGGCAAUACAGUGGAGUCGUAUUUUUACUGUAAAAUGAACAUAUCUAGUGCUGUUCAUAAAUAACUAUAUUUUGAUUAAAAUUUCAGCCAAUAAUUGAAUAGAUGAGUGUAUGAUAUAUAUAUUGUUUUAAGAGAUUGAACAAAUGUGUUUAUAUAGUGUGUUUUGCUACUUGAGAUUGAGUCAAUGUGUGUAUUUAAUAUACAUUGCUA